AUGAAACUCCUCUUCCUCGUUCUCACCGUCAUGAGUGCCAUGGCCAUUCCUACUCCGUUCAAUGGUCAAGACGAAAAUGUUGCUCUUCAACAACGAGGGGCAACAGGACCACGUGUGGAUAAUACUGACAAACGAUUCGGUGAUUUCAACGCCGAGCAGCGCGAUACAACUGAACCCCCUAUUCUGGACGGUUCGGGCGGAUCUGGACCCACUUGGCGACGUGAUUCAGGUUCUGGUGCAGAUCAAGGUUCAGGGGCGUCGGGGGGAGAUCAAGGUAGUGCCUCAGAUGGAGAUGGAGAAGGGAACGCGGCGGGGACGUCGAGUGGAGGGGGACAAACUGGUUCGGGCUCUUCUUCUAGUGGUAAACCUUGA